GUGAAAAAGACUGUUAAAGGAAAUAAGAGUUGGAUGAAUUUGUUAUUUUGGGUGGUGUUUUGUCAAGUUUUAUUUUGAAUUCGUAUUAAAAGACUGUGAUACACUGUUCUUUAUGAAGAGCAGUUUCAAGACGUCCCUCUCAGCUUUCUGUUGCAUAGACUAUAUAUAGAGAAGUAUGUUGCCACGUUGCCAUGGUAACGUCGCAGUUCAGCGUUGGCCCGUCUCAAAGCCGCGGUUUGUACCUUAGUUUAUUUAAUUUGAGAAGACGAAAGCAUAUUAAUGGAGUUCACUGGGAGCACUUACACAGGAGACACAAAAAAUUACAGGAUGGAAGGAAAAGGAGAGUAUAUCUUUCCCACAGAGACCAAGUAUGAGGGAGAGAUGAAAGAUGGGAUGUUCCAUGGCAAAGGAGUGCUACAUUUUCCAAAUGGAAGUAAAUAUGAGGCUAUUUGGGAGAACGGCAUAGCUAAACAGGGUUCUUUUACCUUUGCUGAUGGUCUGCAGUACCUGGAGAAGGACUGGGACUACUGUGAUGGUUAUGACAGGCGCUUCUACAGUGAGAGGUGCAAUGGACUCAGGCCUGCAGGAAAGUCUCAGCUAACUGAUCUGCAUCCUCCACGUGUUAUUCCUGAUCGGUGUUAUGAUUGUGGAGAUGGUUUCUAUGACCCCACCACAAGAGUCGUCACUUCCUACACAGGCAGAUUCCUCAGGAACGCAGAUGACUCAGAACAUGAGUGGAUUGUGCGUACUUGUCGGAAAGCUUGGGACGAGGUUGUUGGCAUUGAUCCUGAAAAAUCUGCAACCAGACCUGAAGAGGCCACCAACAUGAAAUGAUCCUUUUUUCUUAUUAAACCACAUUUCACUCAACAUUUUCUUUCUAGUAAUAUUAAAACUUUAUGUCUUGAUUCUAUGUCUUGUCUCUUACCUUGUAGAAGACAUGUCAUGAGUGAAAAGCAAAACAAUAGGUUCAUAUUGUAUUGUUACUUUUAUUUUUCCUUUUUUAACCUUGUAGGAAGUACAACUGCUGCCUUUCAGUGCAUUCAUCUUCACUUACAUAAUAUUGUGUAUGUGUGUGUGUGUUUGUGGUGUUUGAGGGAAAGAAGGAAAGAGAGAGGUCUGAGAAUUUAAGGGCAAAACAGUGUGUGUCCAGUUUUCAUCCAGUUUGAAUUAAGAAAACUUUAAUUUGAUAUGCACGUUGAGUUUAGUUGUUGGUUGUACAAACAUAUCACUAUGCAUGUCCACAAGAAUAUUAUUGUUAUUUGAUCAGUGAAUAUCAGUUUCCUGCAGGCUCAGAAGUCUAAUACAGUUUGCCCAUGAAAAAAGUGAUCAACUUCAUCAAAUCAGAAUUUUUUAGGCAUGAAUCAACACUGAUUUGAUUGCAAUAAAAGUUAUCUGCAGCACUUGGGGGAAAAAGAAAAAAAAAACACCAUGGCUUCCUGUUUGUUCAACAUGAAUGCACUGUUUUGAUUUUUGAUGCAGUUUUUAUAAUUGAAAUCAGUUACAUGCAAAUAUCAAAUCCUAUCCUCAUUAUUCCCUGUCUACAUGUUAGUAGACAGGUUUAUAAAUGUAGUGUUCAUGCCUGAAAAAUUCAGUUAUCAAAUUAAUAUUUUAAUACUGAAAAUAUGAAAUUAUCAGGGUACUGGUCAUAUGAGCAAAAUGAUGCAUAAAUGCUCUCUGAAAUGAAAUAUUCCAAAUAAUGUCUAUUGCUAUUGUGCAGGUUAGGUUGAAAGUGCUCACAUCUGCAGGAUGAGGAUCAUGCCCAAAACCAAACUACUCUUUAACAUCUGUUUUUAGAAGAUGAUCUGUUGUGGUAUGAAAGCACCUCAUCUUAAACAGUUUUACCUUUAGUUACUUUUGAAAAUAAUAGAAAUAAAUAAAAUGAAAAACACAUCAGGACUUUUAAAUGCAGCAGCCCUUUGCAGAAAGGGAAUUUUGCUGCUUCAUGACAAAUACACAUUAUAUACACAAAAAAUGUACACGCACACAUGCACACACAUACAUGGACCCACAAUCCAAGAACUAAACAUACCAAACUACAAUCCUAGGAAGUGAUAAGACAGUAAAAAGUCAUGCUUAAUUAAAAAACACACACAUUAAUGAUACAAAACUUAUUAUUUAUUGAUUUUAUUUGUAUUUUAGCCAUUUGAAAAAUAGUUUUAAUCAUUGUACCCAAUUUUCUAUGCUUUGUGCCACACAUGUUGUUUGGGGAAAAUAAAAGUGAAUUAUUGCUUUGCUAAUUUAUCCUCAGAAAUGAUCCAAAACCACAAAAAUAUCACAUUCUAUUUUAUUGCAAUUUAGUACACAAAACAUUUAUGAUGCACAGUCUAUCAAAUAAACUUUUUGUUUAAUUUCAUUUCAUGUUUUUUUAACAAAACAAAACAUUUUCAGAGGGAAAAAAGUGCUUUACAGGGAUUUACCAUCUCAAUAAAUACAAGGACAUUGAGGUCUUGUUGGAGCCUGUUCUUCACACAUUGGCCAUGGCACUAAAAUACAGAUGCACACUCUCUACCCCUGCCAAUACACACACAUACAUCUCAUAUACACACACACACACACUCAUAUCUUACUAUAUACAACCCAGUCUGUUUUAUAUUGUCCAUUUUGUACCAAUACUCCAUUUUCCUCCUUGUACGAAAGACACAUGCACAAAGAGGCUGAACAAACAACUUUAGAAUCAUAAAUUAGUGACAAUACACCUGUUUGGAAAAUAUGUAACUUGUAACAUGGCAGAUUUUGUAGGAAUGUGUAGUUUGACUAGUAUGCUCAUCUCAGACUUCCCUCUGCGUCAGUUAACAGGACUGUAGCGGCUUAAAAACUGUUAGCCUCUGCUUCUAAUGUUACAGCCAUAAUUUAAUAAUACGCAAGCUCAGACAUUGUGCUUUGUGGUUUUCCUUCAUGAUAAGUAGUCAACAUGCUACAAUAGAUACAAUUUGUGAUUUUAUACCAAAGGAUGAUAUCAAAUUCUCAUUCUCAUUUCUACUACACAGUCAAAUUUAAAAAAAAAAAAAAAACUUUGUUAAGUGAUGAAUUACAGGCUUGAAUUUAACUGCUGUAAACAACCACAAUUUCUUUUAAUAAUGGAAGAGAUAAGGCACACAAUGUUUUCAUUCUUUAACAAAAAUCUAAUUCUACACCUCAUUUCAGUGGAAAAUUAACCAAAAAUGUAGCUGGGAAGUUUCUUUUUUUUUUGAGAUGCCAUAAAGUCACUAUGUCAUUCCUAAAAAUAUUCCAACAGUGAACAUAUUUUGCUUACGUUCAGGUUUCCUUCAUGGUUGCUUAGAGAGAAAAGAGGGAGGAGCCUUACCUCUAAUGUGGUCUACUCUGUGUGCCCGGCCCUUGGCCCACAGUGACAGUCCCCCCUUAAAUUUUCCCCUCUUUGUUUUAUCUUCAGUAUUCUGACAGCACUCAAGAGGCUUCAGUCCUGCUUCCUCGAUCAGUUUCAUGCCUUUAAAACUCCCUCCACCUUCAAGUCAGAGGGGUGUUGAGUAGAGUGGAGGAUGCUUUACACUUGAGGCAAAAUGGGUCCUUUUGGUGGUUGUAAAAUAUAGUCUGUGAGUUCCUGCUAAUGAUAAAUGCUUCAUGGGCAUUUUGUCGAACUGGCUGCAGGUGGGAUAUUCCUGUCCUCAGAGAGAAAUAGAGAGAGAGAGAGAGAGA